AUUUAUUGAAAAGUGAGAGAAGUGAAACUUCACUUCGUUUUCGAGUAGUGAAUAUUUUGGUGUUAUCAAUAAAAUCUCUGUUUUUACAAUCGUCGUUCCGAAUAUUCCUUCGAAAUUGUUCGGAUCCGGUUGUUUGGCUAUCGAAGCCUUUCCCGGAAUCGGUUUUCGACGGAACGUCAAUCGGCCAAAGCUACUUUCGAGUGAAAAGUGGCCAACCCGAAGACGGUCACCAUGAUUCGCGUUUAAGAAAUACAGUGUAGAAUUCGACCUUUAGACCUCUCCCUUCAAGCAGGAGCACCACCCCUCCGCUAUACGACUACGACGACAACGACGACGACGAUAUAACUGCGACGAGGACAAAGGUUUUUGCGAGAUCCCUACUCUAUCAUCAAUCAAGGGAUCAUGUCCUUCAAAGAUUUGGUCGAACCAGAAUGUGGUGGAGCGAACCCGCUAAUGAACCUGGGCCGCCAGGUUGCUCGGGAUGUGGCUUUCCAAGAUGAGGGCUUCGCAGGCGGCCGUUCCGCUUUCAUCGGUUCCGAUAACGAGUUGGUGAAGGAGUUUAUGGGACAGAUUGCCCCUGCACCGCAAUCGUUCCGUAUGGACGUUUUGUUGAAGGAGAUGCGGGAUAUUGAUGCGCAAAACUUUCAUCAGCGCCAGAUCGUCGCAGGACCACCUGUCAUCGAGGAAGUCAACCGAUCAGACAUGGACUGGGCAAAGGAGUUCGGAGUGGGCUCGACCGCGGCAGACCAAGACCUAGCUGCCCACUUUGGUCAAAGAGCUGAGAGCAAGCUAUCUAGUAUCUGGUCAAACUCUCAAUUAGCUCCAAUCGAGGGAGAAAUUAACGCAGGACCUAGUAACAUUCUCUAUGCAAAGGAUUUUUUCGAAUUAAACGAACCGAGAAGUGAGGAGGAACAGAAAUCAAUCCGUCAAGCUGCGGGAGAGCUGGCUGACGUCGCUUACGGUCCGGAUUCAGAGAAAUUGAACUACAGUGAGUUUCUUCAUUUCAUUAACAACGUGGCCGACGGCGGUGUCCGGAUUAAUGAUGGUCAAGUGAGCGGAAAUGUUUGGGCCGACCAGUUUGACCAAUUGGCUGCAGGACCAUCUAAGGUUGCCACUGGCAGUAAGGAUCCGGAGCCCGGUAUAGCCGAAGAUUGGGCCAAGGCAUUCGAGGAUGGUAAAAAAGGCGAACAAGAAGCAGCGGAUAGCUACAAUAAGCAGUUCUGGGAACGCUUACAAGAUGAGUGGCGUACAAUUUCUGAGAACGACAGCCAGCAUCCGUGGCUUUCGGAAUUUUCCGAAUUUUACGAUCCAUACAAGGAAUACAAGUUUGACGAAGAAAAUCCGAUGACUAAUGUCGAAAAUGCUUUUGAAAAAGGCAAAGCGUUCUUAGCACAGGGUGAUAUACCUAGCGCUGUUUUGUGUUUCGAAGCUGCGGUGAAGCAGGAUCCCGAGAACCCGGAAAUUUGGGAAUUGCUGGGAUUUAGUCAAGCCGAAAACGAGAAAGAUCCGAACGCGAUUGCAGCUUUGAACAAAGCAUUGUCAUUCAAUCCUGGCAACAUGCCCGUCUUGAUGGCUCUGGCUGUGUCGUACACAAACGAAAGCAUGCAGAAUCAGGCUCUUAAAAUGUUGGUCAAAUGGAUGAAAUGUAAUCCCAAGUACGAAGCGCUGGUUCCUCCUCAAAUGACCCAGACGCAAGAUUCUCCGCUGGCGAGUUCUAUACUGGGUGCACCUAGCUUGCAGGAUGUCCAGGAGCUGUUCAUUAAAGCAGUUCAAACAUCGCCGAACGACAUCGAUGCUGAUAUCCAGGAAGCUUUGGGAGUUUUGUUCAAUCUGAGUUCAGAGUAUGACAAAGCAGUGGAUUGCUUCCGAGCAGCUGUUCAAGUGCGGCCUGACAGUUCUAAAACUUGGAAUCGUUUGGGAGCAAGCCUUGCCAAUGGAAAUCGCUCCGUUGAAGCUGUUGAGGCCUAUCAGCGUGCGCUGGACAUUCAGCCAGGUUUUAUAAGAGCACGAUACAAUGUUGGAAUUAUAUGUAUCAACUUGAAGGCAUACAAAGAGGCCGCUGAACAUCUACUGACGGCUUUGAACCACCAGGCUUCGUCGAUUGCUCGAGCCGGAAUCAAUGUUUCGUCUCCGGCCAAUCAGAUGUCUAGUACUAUUUGGAUAACAUUACGUAUGGUAAUGUCGCUCAUGGGUCGCCAAGAUUUGCAGCAAGCAAUCGAUAAUCGGGACUUGGAUGUUUUGAAUCGGGAAUUCCCGAUGAGCAACGAUUAGGAUGGGAUUGUUUUUACAUACAGGGAAAGGGCAGAUGUUUUUAUGAUUUUAUUGCAACGACGUACUGGAGAGAUCAUGUAAAAAGUACACACUAAACAAAAGCAGUCUCGUGCAAGAAAAAGAGUUUAUAUUCGAUACAGUUGUAGUUCUUGAUGAGCAAUAUCAAAAAAAAGAGGAAUUGCAUGAUAAACGUUCAACAUGUUGAUGGAAGCAGUAAAAAAGAAAACUUUUUUUUGUUUUAUUCUGUAAAAUGCCGGGUUUGAUAAGGGUUAAUAAAACAGGAGUACAAGAAUAAUAAAAA